AUGCUCAAUAACUGUCACCGCCUUCCCUGCUUUGUUUCCUGGAGGAUCGUGAAGAUGUCCAGCCCCAAUCUGAACAUUGUGACCCUGCUGGGCAGUGGCUUGACUUACACUAGUGCUUACCUCUUUGGGAUUCAGGAGCAGAGCCUGCCGUCCGGAGACUCGGUGGAAAAGCUUAUUCAGGUGCGGCUCUGCCUGCUGUGCGUGGGGACCUCCCUGGUGUUUGGCCCCGUCCUGGGGAAAAGCUGGCGACUCUACAAGGUGUUCACCCAGCGGGUGCCGGACAAGCGAGUGAUUAUCAAAGACCUCCAGUUGCUGGCGAUGGUGGCGGUGUUGGUGCUGGCGGACGCCAUGUUGCUCUUGACGUGGGUAUUUUCUGAUCCAGUCCAGUGUUUCCGAAGCCUCAGCGUCUCACUGCGGGCGACAGAGAAAGGCAUGACCUGCUCAGUCAGCCGGGUGCAGUCCUGCGCAUCUCUCUAUUCCGAUCUUUGGCUCGUUCUCAUUUUAGGGUUUAAGAGUAUCCUUCUGCUGUACGGGACCUACUUGGCCGGUCUGACCGACAAUGUCAGCUCCCCACCAGUCAACCAGUCCUUGACGCUCAUCGUCGGGGUCAACCUCGUUUUCCUGGCUGCCGGCACCAUCUGCUUAGUUCACCGUUUCUUCCGUGCUUGGCACAACUUGCUGUUUGGCUUUACCUCUGGAGGCAUCUUCGUGUGUACAACUACGAUCAACUGCUUCAUCUUUGUCCCACAGCUCAAGCAGUGGAAAGCCUUUGAAGAAGAAAGCCAAACCGUGAGCCACAUGGCAAAAUAUUUCACCAGCCCGAGCAGGAGCUGCCGCUCGGUGUACAGCGAGGAGCAGCUCUACCAGCUGAUGGGGGAGAAAAACUCCAUGAAGCAGCUGCUCACCGAGGUACGGGCUCUGCCGGCCCUGCUCAUCCGUGCCAGCUUCUCCCCUUGCCUUUUGUGGGCCAAAGGCUUUACAGGCGGGGACGCGGUGGGGGACCGCUGCCCCCCGGAUCCGGAGCGGGACGGGUGGCAGCCUCCCCGCUUGCUGGGUACGCCGCCUCUUCGCAGCGAUGCUCAGGACCUGUGGAAACACGUGAGCCACGAGCCCGUUUGCUCUCGGGCGCUGCUUUUUGACAUGGGGGACGGCAUCGAAUGCGGCCUGAAAGGUGCCGGGGAGUGCGGGGCACCGGCGGGGCAGGAGCAGCCUCCGGAGCAGCUGCCGGGCCGGGACAUCUCCGCUGGCGUGGCCUGGGAGUCGUCCCCCAAAGUCAGCUACGUGAGCAGCGAGAAGCUGCGGGAAAUCUUGCAAGAGCUGAGCCUGGAUGGGAAAACCUACAGCACGGCUUUAUGGGGAGGGUCCCCGUGCCACAGCCAGAGCCCCCCAGGCGAGCAGGGAGGAACAUGGGGGGCCCAGGAUGGCUCACCGGGUGUCUGCACGCCCCUCAGCCCCCACCCGGCGAGCUGCCUGCGCCCCACAGAUACCCGGCACGUCUGCCUGUCCCGGUACCAGCAGCAGAAAGGCUGGGGCUGGGUGUCUCGCCAGAGGACCUUUGUCAUCGCGAAGGGCUUUCCCUGUGAGAGCCGGGUGAUUCACACCAGAGAGAAGCAGCACCAUGUCUCAGAAACAGAUGUGGCUUCUUGCACGUAG